UUUGUAUGUAGUGAAGAGAACAUGCGUUUUCUGAUAACUCACAACCCUACCUAUGCAACUCUCAACAAGUUCACAGAGGAACUUAAGAAGUAUGGAGUGACAACUUUGGUUCGAGUUUGUGAUGCUACAUAUGAUAAAGCUCCAGUUGAAAAAGAAGGAAUCUACGUUCUAGAUUGGCCAUUUGAUGAUGGAGCUCCACCCCCUAAUCAGAUAGUAGAUGAUUGGCUGAACUUGUUAAAAACCAAAUUCCGUGAAGAGCCAGGUUGCUGUGUUGCAGUGCAUUGUGUUGCAGGAUUGGGAAGGGCACCUGUGCUGAUUGCACUUGCUUUGAUUGAAUGUGGAAUGAAGUAUGAAGAUGCAGUUCAGUUUAUAAGACAAAAAAGAAGGGGAGCAUUCAAUUCCAAACAGCUGCUUUACUUGGAGAAAUAUCGACCUAAGAUGCGAUUACGCUUCAGAGAUACCAAUGGACAUUGCUGUAUUCAGUAGAAAGAAAUACAAACGAAGGCUUAUGUGAUUGUGGCAUUUAGAGGGAACUCUUGGUACCUGGAAAUGUGAAUCUGGAAUUUACCUGUGUCAUUGAAAUAGUGUUGGAUUCAGUGCUCCUCAACCACUCUUCUUAACAAUUAGGAAAAAGUAAACAAAUAAGAAAACCCUCUAUAACGUGAAUAAAAUGUUUAAGAAAAGAAAAAAGAAAAAAAAAAGAAAGAAAAAAGGGAUUAAUUCAGUGAAGGAUGAUUUUCUCCUAGUUUUGGAGUUUUAAUUUCUGCCAGGAUCGAAUUAUUUUAAUAUCUCCUGUCUUUUUUAACUUUUUCAGAAUAGGUCUCUAAGGAAAACCAGCAGAAUAUUAGUCUGUGCAGAACCACCUGUUUGGGGAGCACAUCUUUCAUUAUGCUUGGCACAUAGAUUUCCCUGUGGUGGGAUAUUUGGGAGGAGGAAAGAGGUGCAUUUUCCCCCUCUUUGUUUUCUCUUGCCCCCUCCUUUCCCCUGAUACAUAUUGUAGAUGGACUAGGAGAAGCCCUUAUUGCUGUAGAUUUGCGUGCAGUCUGGCAGCCUUAAGCCCAUCUGGGCACUUUUAAGAGGAAAAACAAACAAAAAUGUUAAAAAAACACCAAAAAAAAAAAAAAAAAAAAAAGGCAUGCAGGUGGUUUUAGUCUUUACUGAUGAUGGAGUGUUCAUCUUAGUUUCUUUUCCUCAAAUCCUUGAUCUAACAUUAGGCAAAGUAGCCAAGAAACUUGUUUUGGUAAAUUAGUGGGGAAAUAGCAUUUGAAGAGGAAUCUUUAUUCUCAAAGAACUUAGCUGAGAGUAGAAUUCUUCUCUUUACCAACCAAUGAUGCUAAGUGAGUAUCCCAGAAACUUGUUUUCUGAAGAGGACAGCUCUAGUUCAUUACUAAAAAUAUGUUCAGGCCAAGAAUUAGCACACUCUACAAACAGUAGAAUUGUGGACCAUAGCACUACUCUGAUUUUCUGUCUAAUGAUGUCAGGGAAUACUGGUAGCUUAAAACUUUUACUUCAGGACUUAAUUGUACUCUGAAUUUUCGGAAAUGGUCAGAGGAGCAGCAGCAAAUUCACAAUAUUUAGGUCUUGAGAAAUGCCUGUGGCGAUCAUUUUUCAAACUAUUCCCUAUAUGUAUAGUUCAGUUGAACCACUGAUUGCCUUGUUAUUUUCUUUCUAGAUUCUUUUUGAGAUUAUUAAAAAAAAAAAAA